AGAGUUGAGGAAGAGUUCCAGAGGAAGCGUGCGAGAGAGAAGGCGAACAUUCGGCAACAGCUGCGACUCGUCAGCAGCGGCGCCAACAGCAUGCCCACACACACCACACAUCACACCAAGCCUCGUGAUUCUCCCGACGGUUCAUGUCGCGAGUCUCCGGCGCCGGAGCGCUCCCGUGACUCCCAGAGACACAGCAAUGCCUCAUCCGAGAUCAGCGGCCGUAGCAAGAGCUCCACACCUAUUCGCAGUGUAGAACUAUCAGCGUGGCGUACAAGUGGAGGAGCACGUGUGUACCGCGACUGGUCGGCUGCGCACGCCCAUCCCGCCGCCUGCGCACGCAUGCCCAUCGCAUCCCAACAACUUUACAAUGAGGGCUCAGGCUCUGCGUUCAGCGGUAGUCCGGUGUCAGACAACUACCGACGUGAGUUUGCGCGCGGACGCAGCUCGGGCUCCCCGCUAACACCGCGCGCGCCACGUCUCCUGCCCGCCGCAGACCGGUCCACGUCUGGCUCUGAUCUAUCUUUGCGACAUCCCAUCAAGAUCAGUGAGCCGACUAAGGAGGAACCCGAACAAGAUGAGCCCGCCAUCGUCCCAACCCUGCGACCGGCUGGACCUGCCCGCACCGCUCUUCUCACUCACUGA